GAGAGUUAUCUGAUUGGUGGAUACAAACCGGAAGUGUACUGACGUCGUCGCGCUCUGUGAGCAGUCAAAGGCGAAGCGCGCGAGGAACAGGAGGACUGACUGGAGAUGUCGAAGAGAAAGAGCAGUAAUUCAGGGCAGACGCCUGAUAAGAGAAGCCGGUUAUCUCAACCCGAGCUCUCUGAAGAGGAUGAAACGGGCUACUUCAGUUCAGGAGACGGCUUGAGCACAUCAGAAAGUGUCACAGGUGAAGUGGGCAUCAUAGAGAGUAUCUCUCUAAGGAACUUCAUGUGUCACUCGAUGCUUGGUCCCUUUGCGUUUGGUCCAAACGUCAACUUUGUCGUAGGAAACAAUGGAAGUGGAAAAAGUGCCUUGCUGAAAGCUCUGAUAGUAGCCCUGGGCGUUAAAGAUCACACCACAAACAGAGGCUCCUUUAUCAAAGGAUUUGUGAAGGAAGGAGAGAGUUCUGCAGAUGUGUCCAUCACUCUGAGGAACAGGGGUCGUGAUGCGUAUAAGCCAGAAGUGUUUGGCCAGUCCAUCAUCGUAGAUCUUCAUAUCUCCAGCGAGGGAAUGAAGACAUAUGAACUAAGAAGUAAAGCAGGUCGCUUAGUGUCAUCACAAAAGGAAGAACUGAUCUCCAUUUUGGAUCACUUUAACAUCCAGGUGGACAAUCCGGUCUCUAUCCUAACUCAGGAAAUGAGUGAACACUUCCUCCACUCCAACGGAGAGGGUGACAAAUAUAAAUUUUUCAUGAAGGCCACUCAGCUUGAUCAGAUGAAAGAAGAUUACAGCUACAUCAUGAAGACCAAGACCAUGACUCAGAAUACAGUGGAGAAGCACAGGGAGACUCUACAAGAGCUGAAGAGAAAGUACCAUGAGAAAGAAGAGCGCUAUAAAAGUCUGACUUCACUUGAUGAAAUGCAAAAGAAGUUGGAUGAGCUGAAGAAUCAGAUGGCCUGGGCUCUGGUGGCAGAGGUGGAGCAGGAGAUGAAGCCAAUGAGAGAACGAAUCACAGCUGAAGAGAGGUCAACUGUCAAAUAUGACCAGAAGGUGGAAGAGUGGGAGGCGAAAGUUCAGGAGUCCUACAGGAUAUUGGGACAGUUGCAGGAUCAGCUGGAGGGUGUGACGCAGCGGAUGCAGCAGCUGCAGCCACAGUGCGCUGAACUGAAGAGCCGAGCACAGGCUUGCAACACAGAUCUCAAAGCCGCUGAGGCUAGUCUUCAUCGUAAGAAGACUAACUUGAGAGACCUUGAAAAGGAUAAAGAUCGGCUUAACAAGCGGAUCCAAAAACUCAAACACAGGUACUUCAAAGUGUACAAAAAGGAAACAACAUUAUGUAACAUUGUUUGUACCAUUUCCAUAUGGCUCUGUGUUCAGGAAGAGGAACUGGAGGAGCUCAGCAGCCGAAUAGGUGCGUGUCGAGAGGAAUUUGAAGCUGCAAGGAAUCAGAUGCUGACACACAAGAGGGAAUAUGAGGAGGCUGAGCAGCUCUCCCGGCAGCAGAGGGAAGCUUUUAACAGCAUUGCAGAGGAAGCUGAGCCCAUUAAGGAGCAAUUGAGCAACAAUAAUCAGGAGUUGGCGUGGAGUAAACAUCUUAAAAAACACUAUGAAGAGAAGCGGAAAGCCCAUGUGGACAAGAUUGAGACACUAAAGAAGAAACUGAAAGACAAGGACCAGGUGUUACAGGUUUCCAUAGCGAAAGCCUCAGAAAUCUGCCCCGACCGCCUGGAUGUAAGGAGAACGGCGAAGAGUUUGGAAAGUGAGAUCAGCCACCUCAAACAUAAGAUCUAUACACAGCAAGACCAGCAAGGGCAGAGAGACACUAUUGUCAGGCAGUUUCAUGAGGCGAAGGAAAACUUCAAUAACAUGACCCGACAGGUGAAGAGUCUGGAGGCUAUCAUCCACCAGUUAACUGAGAUCAUAAACACCAGACACGUCUAUGCUGAACUGAGAAUGUAAGUUUCAUUAGAAGGCUCUUGUAUGAUUCUCGCAGACUGAUUAAAAUUGUUUUCAAAUAGAUUGUUUUAAUGUGAACAUCAGACCACCAAUUCAAUGGUCACCAAUGAAACAGCC